GCCACUCCCUCUAGCGUCCAGUCUGCCGGCCAUGGCGGCGCUGCUUUGCAGACGGUCACUCCCUGGGACGUGGCUCUGCAGGAGAGCUGGGCAGGGCUGUGGCCGGCACUACCGCGCCGCGCUUUGCGCCGAGCUGAAGCAGCCUCUGGCCAUUGAAGAGGUGGCCCGCCGCCCUGUCCGACCCCACGAGGUCAGAGUUGAGGUCCAUUUCUGUGGAGUCAGCUUUGCUGACAUUUUGGUCUGUCGUGGCCAAUAUCAGGAGAAGCCCCCUCUUCCCUUCACACCUGGAAUGGAGUUUUCUGGGACAGUACUGGAGACAGGCGCGGAUGUCAGCUCAGUGAAAGAGGGAGAUCGAGUCAUUGGUGUGAGUGGCUUUAAUGGGAUGGCUGAAGAAUGCAUCGCUGACCAGAAGACCUUGUGGCGGGUUCCAGAAAAGGUCUCCCUACAAGAAGCUGCCGUCCUACCUGUGUCUUAUGGCACUGCUAUUUUUGCUCUAGAGCAUCGGGCCCAUACCCAGCCUAGAGAAACUGUUUUAGUAACGGCAGCAGCUGGAGCCACGGGCCUUGCAGUGAUAGAUGUGGCAACAAAUGUUCUUCAAGCCAAGGUAAUCGCUGCGACCGGAAGCGAUGACAAGUGCAAGCUGGCGGUGCAGAGGGGCGCGCAGGGCAGUGUGAACUACAGCCAGGGCAGCCUGAAGGAGGCCGUGAGGCGGCUGGCGGGCAGCCGUGGGGUGGACGUGGCCAUCGACAUGGUGGGAGGAGAGGUCUUCCUGGAGGCCCUCCGCAGCCUGGCGUGGGAGGGCAGGAUCGUGGUGCUGGGAUUUGCUGGAGGAAACAUCGCCUCCGUGCCAGCUAACCUGCUGCUCCUGAAGAACAUCUCUGCCAUGGGCCUGUACUGGGGUCGGUACCAAGACCAGGACUUUCCCGUCUUCUCCAGGAGCCUGUCCUCGGCCCUCCAGUACUGCCAGCAAGGGCGCAUCCGACCGUAUGUGGGGUCGGUGUUUAAGCUGGAGGAGGUCAAUGAUGCCUUCCUUCACGUGAUACAGCGCAAAUCUACGGGCAAGGUUGGUUUUUAAAGAUCUCAAGAAACUCCACUGGAGGGUGAUUUUGGAACCUCCUCUGGCAUCAUGAAGACAUGGGGGUGGACCCUGGGAGAGAAGGAAGACAAACCAGGACUGGGGAGAGCUCCGGGGCCCAGCCGGGGCGCCCUUUUCACUGCGCAGAGCUGAUC